CGUGGCACAGCGUAGGGCUGUCCAGGUUAUCAUCAGAAAGUGAUGAUGAAUACUGUUAAAGCUAUGAAAAACGCCGCAGUUUGUCUUGUCCUUUUGCCCCGUUUUCUCCUGGCAGCUGUUUUGUUCUGGCUGCUGGACUUUUUAUGUAUCAGGAAAAGGUUUUUCCUCAGGAUGAAAGAGCAGGGAGGCGAUGCCACUGAUCCACCUCUAUGCAUAUCCGACUCCAACCGCCUGUUCAGCCUGGAGUCCUUGAAGGCCGUCUGGCACGGCCAGAAACUGGACUUUCUGAAAGCGGCACAUCUCGGAGGCAGAGCGCCCAACACCGAAGUUGUUUGGCUGGAGGACCAGCGGCGCACCCGGAUCCUGGAUUGCGCACAGGGCGACAGAGCGCUCAUCCUCAACUUCGGCAGCUGCACCUGACCGCCGUUCAUGGCGCGCCUGAGGGCUUUCCAGGAGGUCGCGCAACAGAACGCGGAUAUAGCGGACACCGUGGUGGUUUAUAUCGAGGAAGCGCAUCCAUCAGACGGCUGGACGAGCACUGACGCUCCUUAUCAGAUCCCGAAGCAUCGGUGUCUGGAGGAGAGGCUGAGCGCAGCGCACCUGAUCCACCUGGAGGUGCCCGGCUGCCUGGUAGUGGCGGACAACAUGCAGAACACCUCCAGCGCAGCAUAUGGGGCUUAUUUUAACAGACUCUACAUAGUGCAGGCUGGGAAAGUGGUCUACCAAGGCGGCAGGGGACCUGAAGGGUACCGGAUCUCAGAGCUCAGAGACUGGCUCGACCAACAUAGAAAAGAGCUGGAAAAAACGGACAGAAAUCUGACUUUUAACGUGUAGAUUUAACUCCACUAUUUUUAUGCCAUUGAUUAUUGAAGCAUAUUUAUUUUUUAUUUUUUCACAAUGUUGGAUUAAAAUGCUUUAUUCCAAUUUUACUCAUAUAAUAUGACAGGACUGUGGCACUGUGAGUGUUAAACAGUUAAUUCCUCCUUAUAGACCUUGGAGACCCGGAGAGGCGCGCUUCACUCUGCUCCUCAGUAUUAUUGUGAAGUCCGGUUUUUAAAUGGCUCCAGUCCAGGGAACCGGUGCUGAUGUUUUAUACUGAAGAGACUACAGAGAAGAAGCGGCUCCUGCUCUAUGUCUUGCAUGCUUAUAUGUCUAAAAGCUUUUAUUUUAUGGAUAUAUUUUCCAAACAAUAUUUUUUUAACUAUUGUAUGGGAUGAACUUAAUAUUUUAAUUUCGUGUUGCUUGCAGAAGACUUUCUUGUAUUCACCAUCAUUUGGUAUUAUUACAGAGAGUAGGGGAUCCAUUGUCCUUUAAAAUAAAGCACACGUCACCUUUUGUUGAUUUUGCUUUAAAAUACCUUUUCCAUGAUAGAGUUGCUGAUGUAGUGGGAUUUAAAAAACGUGAAAUUCUUUUACCUCUUGCAAAGAUAUUCAAAAAAGAUGGACAAAUAGUGUGAAGAAUAAUUUCAAUGAACUUUUAUUCGAACCAGUUUAUAAUAGGUAAAAAGCAAGGUAGUUCCUUUAACUUAAAAUGUUCCUUUCAGUCAAAUAAGGAUAAAAUGCUGCAUGAUAAUCUUUUCCUAAACACAUAUAUUUGUAUUAAUUUCAAUGAAAUGUUGUCACCAUAGGGAAAACAAUCAAUGAACAUUUCUUUGGUGAAAGAAAGAAAAAGUUGUAUAGAUUUCCAUUUUAAUGUAAAAGCUUAUAAAAUGGAAGCGAUGUUGGAUUAAAGGUGCUAAAAACUAUCUAGAAUGUUGAUUUAGCCCUUAAUGAAAAUGCACCAUAAUGAUCUUGUUUUAUUCAACACUAAAAUCAUGUGCUUUAGAUCUGAAAACUAAUUAAAAUUCAUUCAAAAUCUUUUUUUUAAAUCAAUUUAAUAAUUUGCUUAAUUUAAGAAGCCAGACAAUAAUCCAUCUUACUAUUUCAAUUAACCUAAAGUUAUAUCUAGAAAAACAUAUACAUAGUGAUUUAAUGAACAUUUUAAUGCACAUUUCAUUGCUUGUAACGCCAACACAACUGGAUUACACUAUUUAGAUUUGACAUACUAAUCGGAAUCAAAAAGUAUAAUUUUACAAUGUCAUAGGAAAAAUGUAAAGCCUGAGAUUUAGAUUUUGGAAAACAUACUUCUAGCAAAAGUGUAAAUGAAAAAGAUUACUGAAAAUAUAUCAACUUUAUAGGCUAUCAUAUUUUGUGCCCAGGAGCAGCUAUAUGUCUAGAGGCGCCCCUGUUCUCAACUAUUAUUUAAACUGUGUUGUGUUUACAUAAUUAGCUCUGUGGUUAAUAACACAGUGGAUUGCAGCUUACCUUUGGCUCACAGAGGUCCUUUCAGAACCCUAUAUACAUUAAUGAUAUAAUGCUGGAGUUAUAUUUCUGCCUUAUAAACAUUUGUGUCUAUGCGUAUCCACCCCACAGCAGGGGCAUCAUUGGGAAAG